AUGACCAUCCUCGACCGUUGUUCAUUCGCAGGCGUUCUUGUCCUCGCCGGGCUCGCCACUGCGCAAGGGCAAGGAGAGGGCGAUGUCGACCCCUUCGCGCCUGUCUACGCCAUGUGCCCCUCAGACUUGCGAGUACGACCUGCCUCAGAAGGACUGUCGCGGGCAGAGUCGUCUUGGAGGGCCGGCCGCGGGGAGAAGGUCAUGCCAGCACUCUCUUCGUACCUCACGCUGGCCAACAUAGACGGUUUCGAUGUCCAAGGCUACAUCCAGCGCCUCAACGCCUCCAACUUCCCCAUCGUCGGCCUCUCCGUAUCGGGAGGAGGAACGCAGUCCGGCGUUGGGGGUCUUGGCAUAUGGCAGGCCUUCGAUGCUCGCAACCCUGCUGCAGUCGCCGCCCGUACGGGAGGCCUCACGCAGGUCUUGUCGUAUAUUACGGGCUUAAGUGGUGGUGGUGCCCUGACGGUGAGCACGCUAGCCGCGAACGAUUUCGUCACGAUAGACGCCCUUAGGAAACAGAUCAACUUCGCUGUUGACUACACUGUUGGCCCUGACGGCAACCAAACCGCAUACUUGACAGACAUGUUUGAAAAUGUUGGCGCCAAAGCCGAAACUGGUUUGCCCGUCUCCGUCGCCGACGCCUUUGGUCAGUUCUGGGGCACCUAUCUACCAGAGAACCGGACGUACGGCAACUACUCAGACCUCGCCCUCCCCGGAACUGUGUUCUCCCUCGGCGAGGCUCCGAUGCCCAUCAUCUCUCUAUCCGAAGUCGUUCCCGGGCAGUCGCCUAGCAUCGGUGGCAUAAUGUGGCCCGGGAGGAACGCCGCCAACGGGUUCAAUCUGACUUCGUACGAAGUGACCCCGUUCGAGUUCGGAAGCUGGCGGGGUGGGAGAAUCCAGGCCUUCGUGCCGACCAUGUACCUCGGGACCUCCAUGUUCAACGGCACGGCCCAGAACAGCAGCGAGUGCGUCCAGGGCUUCGACAAGUUCACCUUCAUCCAGGGGUCCACGGCCGCCGCCUUCAACGCCUGGUUCAUCGACGAAUGGUACAACACGCCCAUUUUCGCCAGGCGCGCGUUGAGGACCGGUCCUCCGGCAUCUAGCGACAUCGUCCCACCUCCCCAGUUUGAGGAUGACGGGCGCGUGAUCCUCGUCAGCCAGACGGCCGAGUCCUUCAACCAGACGUUCAACGAGUCCCUCUGGGCCACGUACCCGAACCCCUUUGAGAGCUACAGCCCGGCCAUGCAAGGCAUUGACGAGCUCCUGCUCGUCGACGGGAGCCUCGGUGGCGAGACGAACCCCAUCCGGCCCCUGAUCAUCCCCGAACGCGGAGUCGACUUCAUCAUCGUCUACGAGGCCUCCCUGGACGCGGCGUACAACUGGGUCAACGGCACGAACCUCGUCAACACCGCCCAGUCGGCGGCCCAAGGCAACAUCCCCUUCCCGCGCAUCCCGGACGUCGCGACGCUGGUGACGCGGAAUCUUACGAGGCAGCCGACCUUCUUCGGCUGCGACGCCGCCACCUCGCCCCCGACGCCGCUGGUGCUCUACCUGCCCAACUCGCCGUGGUCUGGCUACAUCAACUUCACCUUCUUCAAGUCGUCCUUCACGGACAACGAGUUCGACCUGACGGCCGACAACGCCUUCAACCUCGCCACCUACGGCAACGGCACCGUCGACCCCUCGUGGCCCGCCUGCCUCGCCUGCGCGACGAUCCGGGCCAGCCUGACGAGACUUGGGCUCGGUUUGCCGGACGAGUGCCAGGAAUGCUUCCGGCGCCACUGCUGGGACGGCGAGGUUGCCACGCGGGCGAUCGCGCCGGAGGAUCUCGACCCGAGGCUGAGGCUUAACCCGGGCUUGUCGUAUGCGGAAUGGAACCGGACGUAUUGGAACAGUCAGAAGAGCACGGAUGGAGGCACGGGAGGUAAUGGCAGCGGGGGCGGCGGCGGUAACAACGGGGGGGGAGGAGGAGGAGCCACGCCGUCGCCGUCACCUUCGCCGGGCUCAUCCGGGGCAUCGAUCACGGCCGAGAUCGGGCGGGCUGCAGCUGCUGUGACCGUAGCUUCUGUGAUUGCCCUCAUCGCGCUUCUGUGA